ACGCCAGCGAGCGAGUGUUGUGAGACCCAAACAAUUGGGCAUGGAUAAUUCAUUCAAGCGUUUUGGAAUGUUGAUUUGCCCGCUGCAAAAUUUCAAAUUUAUUGCUUCGGUUAUUCAGUUUCAAACACCGUCUCUUUUUAAUGGCAAAAGGUUAGAAGAUGUUAGAGCUUCUCUUUUCAACGAUCUGCGAACAUCUGAAGGUGCAAAGCGACUACAGCAACGAAUUUGUGGCCCUACGGUUGCUUUAACGUUCAAUUUUUGGGUUUCUGUUUGUAUCAUUCUGAUGAACAAGCUGGUGCUUGGAAAAGUUGGUUUCAAUUUUCCAAUCUUGCUUACCUUCAUCCACUACAGUCUGAGCUGGUUUUUAAUGGCCAUUUUGAAUGCAUUCUCUUUCCUUCCAGCCUCUCCUCCCGCAAAAUCUUCCAGAUUCUUUAGUCUGUUUACCCUUGGCAUGGUCAUGUCUUUCUCUACUGGUCUCGCAAAUGUCAGCUUGAAGUACAACAGUGUGGGUUUCUAUCAGAUGACGAAGAUUGCUGUGACGCCAACUAUUGUUCUAGCAGAGUUUGUGCUCUUUGCAAAGACUGUUUCUUUUCAGAAGGCCUUGACACUGACUAUAGUAUCAAUUGGAGUUGCUGUUGCAACAGUUACAGACCUGGAGUUCCACUUAUUUGGAUCAUUAGUUGCUCUGGCAUGGAUAAUUCCGAGUGCUGUCAACAAAAUCCUUUGGUCCAAUCUUCAGCAGCGUGAAAACUGGACAGCUUUAGCCUUAAUGUGGAAGACAACCCCGAUGACUCUUUUCUUUCUGGUGGUUUUAAUGCCCUGGCUCGACCCUCCUGGCGCCCUUUCCUUCCAUUGGAACUUCUCCAACACAUUGGUCAUAUUCCUCUCAGCUAUUCUUGGUUUUUUGUUACAGUGGUCUGGUGCAUUGGCUCUGGGGGCAACGUCUGCAGUCUCCCAUGUUGUUCUUGGGCAGUUCAAGACUUGUGUUAUCCUGCUUGGUGGUUUUCUUCUCUUCAAUUCUAAUCCAGGGAUUUUAAGCAUCUGUGGAGCAAUUAUUGCUCUUGGAGGUAUGUCGUUGUACACUUACUUAAACAUGCUGGCCUCUCAUCAACAAGCAGCGAAGCCGACAAACCGACAAUCAUCAUUUCCUUUAGUGAAAGCUAAGCAUAAUAAGGAAAUUGGUGAUGCUCAUGAUGGUGAUCCGGGAACAGUGCCUGUCUAAGGAUAUUAGCGUUGGUUAUUGAAGUAUUUACAACUUUUUAGAUACAUAUAAAUCCAAGAUGAUUGUUUCUUGGAAUCAGAAAGAAAAAGGGUGAGGGUCCAACUAUAGUUUUUCUUUUGUAUCAAACAUUUAAUUCCAUCCUUUUUUCCAUGUUGCAGUUUCUGAAAUUGCAGAAAUAGUAGAAGCUACACCUUUGUGGCCCAAAUUGUAUUUAAGUGUGUAUUGAACAGUUCUUUUAUCUUCAUUGAGGAUACAAAUGCGUCUCUUUAGAAAGUUUUUUUU